CCCGUUCAAAAGGCAUCAGUAACUCACAUAUCAUAUAGUCGUUGUUCCUCAUUCUCUCCAAGACUGUCUUCUAUGACUAUCGUUCCUAUGUGCCGGCAGCAACGGCUUCCUGGUGCCGGAGACGGUAAAAAGGUCGAGGUCAGUAUGUGCUGACCUUGCGGUUGCUGACAUUGCGCGCGGCUGACGAUGCGCAUGACUGUUCCUCAACAGGCGCAAUAGUCCAAAAUCUAAUUAUUUCAAUUCCCAGGCAUUCAUAAAAGAGAUGAGAACUAAACUUGAUCUCGCUGGAAAAAGAAAGAAGUAAUCCUGGGAAGGCUCCUCGUAAACUUCCAAGGUGGUGAUAUCGCUAUCGCAAGUACCGGGUGACUUUCGUCGACUCAUCGCAUCACGUGACACUGAAUGACUCACCAAUAAAGAGCUCUACAUACCCUUCUUAAGUAAUCAGACAUAAAUUGGAACUCCCUCCGAUACGGAGCAGCUCUUAGCUAAGUUUUUUUGAAGUUACUCAAUUCAACCCCUCUAGAUACCCCAUAUACCCCCGCCAGAUACCAACGCAGUCAUCAUGGCACCCGGAAAGACGCCAGCAGAGAACAUGCUUUGGGGUGGCCGCUUCACAGGCGGCCUCGAUCCCCUCAUGCUCAAGUACAAUGCGAGUAUAGGAUACGACAAGCUCCUGUUCAAGGAGGAUAUCCUCGGCAGCAUCGCCUUUGCGCGCGCCAACGCAAAGUCCGGCAUCAUCACCAACGACGAGUUUUCCGAAAUCGAGAGGGGGCUCCGGGAGGUGCAGAAGGAGUGGGAGGCUGAUACCUUUGUCAUCAUGCCCAACGACGAAGAUAUCCACACUGCCAAUGAGCGCCGGCUCGGCGAGAUUAUCGGCAAGGACAUCGCCGGCAAGCUGCACACGGGUCGCAGUCGCAAUGAGCAGGUCGCCUGCGACAUGCGUCUGUGGCUGAACAACCAGAUCAAGGAGAUUGAGAGCCACCUGGUCGCCUUUAUCGAGGUGAUUGCCGCCCGCGCAGAGGCUGAGGUUGGCAUUCUCAUGCCUGGAUAUACCCACCUCCAACGCGCCAUGCCGGUCCGGUGGUCGCAGCACCUGCUGUCAUACGGCUUCGCCUUCCAGAGUGAUCUCGACCGUCUGCGCGAGGUUUCCAAGCGCGUCAACAGGAGCCCGCUCGGUGCCGGUGCUCUCGCCGGCAACGGCUUCAACAUCGAUCGCGAUAUGAUGGCUGAGGAGCUGGGUUUCACAGGCCUCCUGUGGAAUUCCAUGGGCGCUGUUGGCGACAGAGACUUCGUCACUGAGUUCCUGCAAUGGGGCAGCAUGUUCAUGCAACAUACUUCUCGCUGGGCCGAGGAUCUCAUCCUGUACUCCUCUUCAGAGUUCGGCUUCAUUUCCAUCGCCGAUGCGUACUCCACUGGAAGCUCGUUGAUGCCGAACAAGAAGAACCCGGAUGGCUUGGAGCUGUUGCGCGGAAAGGCCGGCCGAACCUUUGGCCACAUGGCCGGCCUGAUGAUGACCCAGAAGGGUCUCCCCAGCACAUACCAAAAGGACUUGCAGGAGAGUUGGGAGCCCAUGUUGGAUCACGUCAAGACCAUCUCUGAUAGUCUUCAGAUCGCACAGGGCAUUCUCGUCACUCUGACCGUCAGGCCAGAGCGCAUGAAGGCUGCCCUUGACCCCUUCAUGCUGGCUACCGAUCUUGCCGAUUAUCUCGUACGAAAGGGUGUCCCCUUCCGUGAGACGCACCACAUUUCUGGCCGAUGCGUCGCCGAGAGCGAGAAGCGCGGUAUCCCGAUGAACGAGCUCUCGCUGGAGCAAUUGCAGGCUAUCGACAGCCGAUUCGGGGAGGACGUUGCACAGACGUUUGACUACGAGAGGAGUGUCGAGAUGAGGGCGUCCAAGGGUGGUACGAGCCGGGCCAAGGUUCUGGAGCAGGUCCAGGUUCUCAAGGGCAUGCUUGCUUAGAGAGGUGUUUGAUAGCAGAGACUCAAAAAGGGCAGUUUCUAGAGGGAUUAAAAAUGGCGUAUCGGUAGAAAGGUGUUUGGUUCCGAAGUAGCCCGUCGGAGGGACUAGAAGGUUGAGGUGGUUUAUCAAGGCGAUUUUGAGCAAGCGUGAUCAAAGACUGAG